UCGCACGUUAGUCGGUCGCGCGAUGUUGAGCUGUAGACACUUGAUUGGUCGCCUGUUGCGUAGGCAGGCCAGCACGCAGGCUCACCUGGCCGGUCCUGGCAUUGUGGAGAUAAACGAGGCUGACGGGCAGCGCCUGAAGUACCCGCAGGUGUGGUUGCGGGACAACUGCCAGUGCACGGAGUGCUUCCAUGCGGCGACGCGGGCACGUAAGAGCCACUGGGAGCGCGGACCACUGCAUGUGGGCGCCCGGCGAGUGAGCUACGACGAGCAGAGACAGCAGCUUCAGGUCGACUGGCAGGACGAGCACCAGAGCGUGUACCAGCUGCAGUGGCUGCGGGAGCGGGACUUUGGGGAUGCAGCCAGGCAGAGGUACUUGGCGGAGGUCUACCGGCCGCCCGUCCAGCUCUGGGGCAAGACGCAGUUCAAGGAUGUGAGCCGGGAGUUCGAUUACCAACAGGUCCUCGACCGGGACGAGGUGCUGAAGACCUGGCUGGAGGCGCUGGCUGUACAGGGAUUCGCUUUGCUCAAGGAUGCGCCCGACGACGUCAAUGUGGCCCGCCGCUUGGCCGAGAGAAUUGGCCACAUCAAGCGCACCACCUACGGGGACGUGUUUGAGGUCAAGUCCAAGCCGAAUGCGGGCAACUAUGCCUACCUGAUGGUGCCCCUGCCGCUGCACACGGACAUGCCCUACUACGAGUACAAGGCGGGCAUCAACAUUCUGCACACGCUCGUCCAGUCGGAGUCGGCUGGCGGGGCCAACACGCUCGUGGACGGCUUCAAUGUGGCCGCCGAGAUGCGGCGCCUCUAUCCGCAGGAAUUCGAGGUGCUGCGCUCGGUGCCCGUCAACUGGUACGACAUUGGGCACGACGGGGACCAGUCCAGACCCUUCCACAGCCUGUGGCGAGCGCCUGUUGUCUGCCUGGAUGUGGAUGGCCAGGUGGUGCGCAUCAAUCAGAACACCACGAAGCGGGACAGUCGUUUCACGGUGCCCCUGGAGCAGGCGGUGGCCUGGUACGAUGCCUACGACAGGUUCCUCCGUCUGGCCCACGACGAAGUCGUCGAGUUCAAGACGCGGAGCGGCGACGUGUUCGUGUUCAACAACCUGCGCAUGCUCCACGGCCGCACCGCCUACGAGGACUCGCCGCAGAACAAGCGGCACCUGGUCGGCGCCUACGUCGACUGGGACAUCAUAUACUCCAAGCUAAGGACCCUACGCUUCCCCCAGGCACACGAAUGACCACAAAUAAAGAACGCCAAACAUUUUGAGACUA